AUGGGCGUCCCUGAUGAUGAGAUUCUGGAUGUUGCUCCUUUCUUUGUUAUUCCCGGCGCGGACAUUGAUUUGAACCAACCCAUCUCCAUUGAUGCCUCCGCUUCUACAUGUUCCAAUCAAGGUAAUCCUUAUAGUAUUCCGUCAGGUUCAACUCCUGUCACUAAUUCUAAGGAAGGAACACACUAUAUUGAUCAUGUUAUAAGAGGCCUAGUUACUAGAAUUCUUAAUGAAGGCCACUCUUUGAAGGGAGUUUCUACUCCCCUUGCUCGAAUGUAUCCCUCUCCUGAGGUUGAACAACCUAAUGGUAAGGGUGAUGAUUCCUCCAGUUCUGAAAAGGACUUGGCUGCUGAAGGGUUGCGCUCUCUAGGGCAAACCGUGUCUGAAAAAGGGAAAUUUGUGGCCUCUAACACUGCUAAUGCUUCCCACUCUGAGAAGCAUGAUGAUGCAAAUAUUGUGAUUGAUCUAGAGGAUGGUAGCUCCGAUGAUCAAGAGGAAAGCUUGAUUCAUCACAUAAAGCCAAGUGUGGCUAAACGCAUGAAGACUCGCAAAGGAAAAUCUGUGGCUGAACUUAUGUCAGCUAGAAAAGCUAAGAAGAUUGCUGGUAUUGGUCCCUCCAAACCAUGGAGCAAGGUUGAAAUAAAGAAGAGGAAGGUCAUAGAUGAUUUUGAGCCUAAAGAGGAUGUUGAGGAAGAUGUCCCUGACAUCUCGCCUACGAAGAAAACUAAUGUUAGGAAGUCUCCUGUUAAAAGAAGGGUAGAUGUGGAAAGGGAAUUGGGAAAAGAUGCUGCUGAUGUCAAAGAGGUCAUGGACCUGAUACAAGCUGCUGGGCUUUUGAAGACUGUUGUCGGGCUCUCUCAAUGCUACGAAGGUUUAGUCAAGGAAUUUAUUAUUAAUAUUCCUGAGAAUAUUUUUGACAAGAACAACAAGGAGUUCUGCAAGGUGUAUGUGAGGUGUAAGUGUAUAACAUUCUCUCCUACUGUUAUUAAUAAUUUUCUAGGCAGGAAUAAUGAGGGUGCAGGAGAAUUAGAGGUGAAAGCUUGGCCUUUUAGAAAGCAUUUUCCUGCUGGGAAGUUGACUACCAAGUAUGCUAUCCUGCAUAAAAUAGGAGCUGCUAACUGGGUCCCUACCAACCAUAUCUCCACCAUUGCUAAUACUCUUGGGAGGUUUAUUUUUGCUGUUGGGACAAAAGUGAAAUUUGACUAUGGUAGGUUUAUGUUUGAUCAAAUCAUCAAACAUGCAACUACUAAUGCAGUUAAGCUGCCAAUUGCUUUUCCCUUUAUGAUUUGUGGAAUUAUCUUGAACCAACAUCCUGGUAUUCUGUGCUCAAAUGAUUUACCUAGUAGGAUAAAACCAGCUCUGUCUGUGCACUACAAGCUUUUUGAAGGUAAUCAUGUCGAGGAAAUUGUCAUGACAUCUGCCAUGAAGAGGCCAACCUCAAAAGUUGGAGCAAUUGCUGAGCUUAAGGAGACAUGCAAAGAGUUAGGUGAAGGGAUUAGGGUAGCCACAACUAGAAAAUAA